UCUUUCUUCUCCUGGCAAAUCUUCAAAGCGAUUCAUCUCCGUCGUUCCGUCGUAAAUUAUAAAGAUUUUAAGUUGACGAUACUUUGUCUAAUUUUGAAAGCACGUACGCACUGGCUAGCUGUCGGUGACAUGUCAGGCCAAUGGAGUACACAUAAUUGCGUCACACGGCUGUUAGCCCCGCCCAAUGAAUGCUUGCCUGCCACGUUGACAUGUUGCUGUAGAAGACUCAUUAGGUGCCGAGUGUUCGCAUUGUAGGGACAGACCGUGUCCUUCGCUUCCUGAGCUGAACAGUAAUCCACCGUGGGAGGAAGGCGGGAGUCUAGGACAGACAUGCGAGAACCUUGCAUCCCGAAACAAAGAAUUCUGUGUGCAGAUCCUGUUUAGAAUCCUGCGCCGGGUAAAAAGGGUAUGCUGAAGAGUAUAACGUUAUAUCAGGGUUUGGUUUUACCGGAAGCCAUUUUGAGUAGCGGCACGACAGCUACAGUGCAGAUAAUCGGCUUUGAUUACCUGUCUCACGAAGCUUAUGGUACUUGGGAGCUGGGAAGGACUUACGGACGACUUCAGUGGUUGUGAUGCUUCCAAAUACUCUUCCUCCACUCCAAUAGAGAAGCGACCUUCCGUGAUCUUGCCAACAAACAUGACCUCUAAAGGUGAUAACACACACCGUUCCGAAGACCUAAGAAGACAGCUGUGCAAACCGAUCAGUUCUUCUGUAAAAGGGGCCUGCAGCAGUGCACGUGAGAAACAGCACCAGCAGCAGUCCCUGUCACCCACCAUUGUCGACGCCAGAUCCAUAACUCAGGAGGAAUUCAACAAGAUGGCGACCGUCUCCACAGGAAAGGUGACAAAGGGUCCACAACAGCGUGAGUUUCUCAGCACGAAACAGGUAUUACUCACCCAGAAUGACAUGAAGACACGGUCUGCUUUUUCUCCAAUCCCCUCGAGUAAUGUCUCGAACUAUCAAAAACAUUCACGGGAUUUAAAUCAAGAAACCAUGGCUUCCAUGUGGAAUCGCUUGGUUGAUUACCUCUCUAGAGUGAAAGCUGCUUGUGGCAAAGGUCUAACAGAGGCAGAGAGGCCUAACGUCCCUGCAGAAACAGCCUCGCAGUCCUGGUCACAGAAUGGCAGGGUGAGAAGGAAACCAUUUGGCUGUUCAACCAAGGCUUCAGUUGUGCCCGCAGCUACAAUCAAACCCCUACCGUCAACGGCGAGAAACGACGACGUAAUUGGAUACCAUGUUGCAUCAAAACCACAACCGUGCCCCGGCCCCCGCACCAUUCACAAAGUGCCAAACGCUGAACUGGAUGAGAUAAAGCCAAUGGAUCUAUCACGGGCAGGUAAAAACAACUACAAGACACCCUGCUCAGACAAACAAGCAUCACUCAAAGACGAGAUCCACGACUUGAAAGAAUUUAAGAUUCACGCAACUGAGAAAGAUCUUCAGAGAAUUGGGAAUAUGAAAGACGACGGUUCUGAUUUCUCCCAACAACAACAACCGAUUGAUCUGACCGUUAGCAAGACGCCAAGCGCUAGCCAUGUUGACACUCUGCCUUCUUCUACAACAGACCUCCUCAACAACGGGAAAGAUUGCUUAGACAACUGUAUCGAGGGUAAGAGAAGCCGACGUGCCUCGACAAAAACCGACACUUUAGCUACCCAAAACAGCUUCAUCCAAGAUAAGAACAGGAAACGCAAAAGGAAGCGUAGUCAUACUGGGAAAGCUUCGGUGAAGUCUGAUGGUCUGAUGGUGGUUCCAGAUUCUCGCUCUACACCAGAGCAGGUGGCGACAACAGGAGUGCCUAUUCACUCGAACAAAACACACAUUGGAGAUAAAGGUAUCUAUAGCAAGAAAAGACAGUACGACGAGUCCAUGCAUUCACCUGGCAAAUCCUACUAUCCUACUGCGGGGAAACACGGCCGCCUCGAUGAGAUGGUGCAAGCUCUCUCCAACAGACUCCAUGAUGCUCAGAAACCCUGGUAAGGACAAUAGGUGGCAUCGGUUAUAUUCUCAUCCUGUAUUUUAACAUUUAUCUUAAAAUCUAGACUUUUAACAUGGUGAUGGUUCUUUUUCCAAAGAUACUAGUAU